AUGACUUAUCCAAUAGGUAGCUAUCCGAGAGGUCAGGCACCCCAAAUGCCACAUCCAAUGCAACCAGGCCGUAUCUAUAAUCCUAACAUGUAUCCUCAGCCAGCCCCUUAUUAUUACCAUCCGAAUCAACCUUAUAUUCAAAUUCCACAGAAUAUACCGCCAUAUCCUGUUAUGCAGUAUCCACAAGGUUCAAAUCAAAUCAGCUAUGUUCAGGAUAAUUCCUAUAUGCAGCAAAUGAAAAUGCCCCCACCUCCUACUCAGCAAACGCCUGUAAGAUAUCCACAACCACAACCAACUUAUCAAGCUCAUAUCAAAGAAAAACCAAAACAGAUCACACCAAUUCCACAACAGAUUGCCCCUACCAUCCCUCAACGUCCUCCUCAACAACAGUAUCAACCGAAACCAGUUGUUGCACCACCUCCACAGCCAGUGGCACCUUCUACACCUCCUAAACCAGCGGUCACUCCUCAAGUUAAUAACUUGGAUCAGUUGCAGUUGAAUAAGUCUUUAACCAGCUCGGCAAUAAAAAUAUCUUCGGUUCCACCUGGAUGUUUCCAUAUUAUUGGAAGAGGAAAUCUCCCAGGAAUCAUAUUUUCAAAUAUUGUUGUGUAA